AUGCCGGCCCCCCUCAGCCAGCAAGACCGCGAGCUCCAGAAGCUCUUAUCUCUCGGCGGCGCCGCUCCUCCAGAGCCAAACAGCUACCCCUUCAACAAGAUCGGCGCCGGCUCCUGCGGCGCAGUCUUUGCUCAGCCGGGCAGCGCCCUCGCCUUCAAGCUCUCAAAGACGACAGAGUUCAGCCUCUGGAACGACUACCUCCAGCACACGCGCAUUCGCGACAUGCUCAGAGCCCAUAACAUCGACAUCAACAUCCCAGACUGCCACGGCUACAUCCGCGCCGAGGACGCUGCAGCCACGUUGUUCGACAAGACCCCAGCCCUCGCCGACGCCGCAAGAGACGUCUGCCACCUGCCCACCCGAGUGCUCGUCACGCAGCGCAUCAACCCACUGCCACCAACCAUCCGCACCCUCCUCACCAACAAAUACUGCGCACCGCGCAUCAAGGCAAACGCCCUCGCAGACCCGGCCAACAGGGACUGCCUCGUCCGAGUAUACCUCGGCUCCAUGGCGGGCAAGACGGGCGGCGGCAUGUUCUUCUCCCUCCGCAACUUCAAGCUCCACCUUAACCACAUCAUCGACUUGCAGCUCAACCUCCGCAAUGUCUGCGUCCAGAUGGCCAGGUCUCUAGCCAUCAUGCACUGGGCUGCGCGCACAGACGCCCGCGAUGUCGAGUUUGUCUUGGGAAGCUCGGCAGGACUCUCUCGCCGCACCCCAGCCUUCUCCUCGGCCGAAAUCCACGCAUUCGCCACCGAGGCAACGACAUUUCCAUCCGUAGGCCCUGAUGAGAGGGACUUCUUCUGCAGUACCACACAGCUAUGGCUACUUGACUUCAACCUGGUGCAAGAUAUUGAGCUCAACGACAAUGCCCUCGACAAGCUGGUCAGUGCGCACAACGCCAACGACCCUUACUACCCCAAGCCGUGCCAAGAACAUCCCGUUGUAGAAGGACUGUGGAACGACUUUGCUACGGCGUAUCUAGACACGGCUGCUCUAGUGCUUCAGAACGAGGAGGACUCAAAGACGCUGGAGCUGCCUUCCCGCUUCAUCGAAGCACUGAUUUCUCAGGAGCAUGUUAAGAAACAGACGAAGGAACAUUGA